AUGGUUGCUCGUGCAGCAACAUCGGGGAAUUCGAGCACUGGCGGCAGUUCCCACUAUCAGAACGACGCGACCAAAAUCUACCUCGAUGGGCUCAACAAGUCGUUGGGACACAACUACCUCUGGGCCUUGCUCGGUGUCGUCAGCCUCCUCCUUGCGAACGCGGCAAUCACACGAUUUAGCGCGCACCUUCGACACCUGGCAUCCAUGAGCGGCACCGGUGCUUCGCGUUACUUCGCUUCAUCUUCACCGGUCCUGUCCAUGGUCAAGAGCACGCUUCUGUACGCGCCCCUCCUAUUCUACCGGCGAGCGAGAGAAAUCAAAUUCUCACAGCAUGUCAACUUUGGAACCCUUCCGACGCGCUUCCAGGCGCUCUUCAUCACCCUCGUCAUCGGCACAAAUGUGUUUGCGUCUACCUGGAACAUACCGUGGUCAGAUGCUGAACUGCAGGUCCUGCCUAUCCUGCGCAACCGCACCGGAACACUAUCAGUCGUAAACCUGAUCCCAAUCAUGGUCAUGGCUUCAGUCAAGAAUCCUCUGAUAUCGUUGCUCGACAUCUCUUAUGACACCUUCAUUAUGAUGCACCGCUGGUUUGGUCGUGUGGCAGUCUUGCAAGGCGUCGCUCACACUGUAUGCUGGCUCGUGGCUAAAGUGAAACGCUACGGCUGGUCCGGUGUGGCGGAGUCGAUGGAGUCUCCGUUCAUCUACAGCGGCUUGAUUGCCACUAUUGCUUUUGUUGCCAUUUCAUUAUUGAGCCCAAAGGUCUUCCGGAGCUUGGUCUACGAGUUUUUCCUCCACUUACACAUUGUACUCGCUCUCUUGGUAGUGGUCUUCCUGUGGAGACACCUGGAGGAUCUCCCUCAGCGGGGCUUACUGCUGAGUGCGGCCAUCAUAUGGGUUGUAUCGAGGUCCUGGCGGCUUGCGACAUUGCUCUACAGAAGCGUUGGCAGGGGUGGCUCGAAAGCGAAGAUCGAGCCUCUCGGUGGCGGCGCAGUCAAAAUUACCCUCAAUGUCACGCGACCCUGGAAUCACCGACCUGGUCAGUCGCUGUACCUGACGGUGCCAGCCAUCGGUCUCUGGACUGCACAUCCCUUCUCUGUUGCCUGGUGCGGUGACGUAGGCUCUUUGAGUCAACCCAUAUCUCGCAAGUCUAGCUACAACGAGAAAGCUCCGAUCAUCCGCGUGCGGAAUAGGGACAUGGAAAGACUCGCAGGAGAGGAAACCAUAUCGCUGAUCGUCAAGAAACACACCGGUUUCACACAAAAGCUCUGGAACAGCGCUAUGCUUGGACAGACAAGCCUCCCAGUCACGGCUCUGGUUGAGGGUCCUUACGGUGGCGGACACAGUCUGUCCAGCUAUGGAACGGUCAUCCUCUUCGCGGGCGGCGUAGGAAUCACCCAUCAACUGGGACACGUCAAGCAACUUGUGGAAGGAUACGGCAAGGGCACUGUUGCGGCACAGCGUGUCACCUUGGUCUGGGUCGUGCCCACCACAGAAUGUCUGGACUGGGUUCGACCAUGGAUGCACGAGAUCCUGGCACUCGAGGGCCGCAGAGAAGUGCUCAAGGUCCUCUUGUACAUCACGCGAGCGGGGCUAAGUCAGGUCAUCAAGAGUCCGAGCGAGCAGGUUCAGAUGGCGAGAGGCAGGCCCGAUGUCGAGUCUAUCGUCCGGCGCGAAGCAUUAUACAAGGCGGGCUGUAUGGGAGUCAGCGUCUGUGCAGGUGGCGGAUUGGCUGACGAAGUGAGGCGCGCUUCGAGGUUGCUGCUCGACAAAGGUGUCAACUUGGAUCUCAUUGAAGAGGGGUUUGCCUGGUAG